CCCAUUGCUGGGCCUGGACGUGGGUGUGACCUCCGCAGCCACAGAGGACUAGCGAAGCCGGGUCUCCGCACGAGAGAGGAACUUCUACUCGCGUGACUGGACUCUGAUCUUGGCAUAGAACCGUGGCAAUGGCAACCAAAGGAGGUACCAUCAAAGCUGCAUCAGGAUUCAAUGCUGUUGAGGAUGCCCAGACCCUGCGGAAGGCCAUGAAAGGGCUGGGCACCGAUGAAGACGCCAUCAUUGGAGUCCUCGCCUACCGCAACACGGCCCAGCGCCAGGAAAUCAGAACAGCCUACAAGAGCAACAUUGGCAGGGACCUGAUGGAUGACUUGAAGUCAGAACUGAGCGGCAAGUUUGAGCAGGUCAUCAUUGGCAUGAUGACACCCACCGUGCUGUACGAUGUGCAGGAGCUGCAAAAGGCCAUGAAGGGAGCCGGCACAGAUGAAGGAUGCCUGAUUGAGAUCCUGGCCUCCCGGACCCCAGAGGAGAUCCGUCGCAUCAACCAGGUUUACCAGCAGCAAUAUGGACGGAGCCUUGAAGAUGACAUUUGCUCGGACACAUCCUUCAUGUUCCAGCGAGUGCUGGUGUCUCUGUCAGCUGGUGGCAGGGAUGAGGGGAAUUUCCUGGAUGAUGCUCUCAUGAAACAGGAUGCCCAGGACCUGUAUGAGGCUGGAGAGCAGAGAUGGGGGACAGAUGAGGUGAAAUUUCUAUCUGUUCUCUGUUCCCGGAAUCGAAAUCAUCUGUUGCAUGUGUUUGAUGAAUACAAAAGGAUAUCACAGAAGGAUAUUGAAGAGAGUAUUAAAUCUGAGACAUCUGGUCAUUUUGAAGAUGCUCUGCUGGCUAUAGUAAAAUGCAUGAGGAAUAAAUCUGCAUAUUUUGCUGAAAGGCUUUAUAAAUCUAUGAAGGGCUUGGGCACUGAUGAUGACACCCUCAUCAGAGUGAUGGUUUCUCGAGCAGAGAUUGACAUGCUGGACAUCCGGGCAAAUUUCAAGAGGCUCUAUGGAAAGUCUCUGUACUCUUUUAUCAAGGGUGACACAUCCGGAGACUACAGGAAAGUACUGCUCAUUCUCUGUGGAGGAGAUGAUUAAAACAAAGUCCCAGGAGGAUUUUCUUCUCAACACUGAAAAUUUUUUUUUUAAGUUCAUUUUUCUACACUGCUAUUAGCAUUAACUCAGAAUGCUUAUUUCCAAUUAAGACGCCUACAGUUGCCUCCUAGGAUAUAAACUGUCUGUAUUAUUAUCAUCUAUAAUUAGUCAUUAUGAUGCAUUAAAGCUGUACUUGUAGUUCAAAGCUUGUAAGUUCUAAAUGGAGAUUUAAAAUUAGAAAUUAAAAUGUGCUCUGUGUUU